AUGGUAUGUCCGGAUAGCAUACCGGUCCUUACAAUCAACAGCACAUGGAUCAUAAUCGAAGUUGUCUUCAUUACCAUUUUCUUCGUUUUCUGCGGCUGUCGAAAACAGCGUUUAGUAAUAGCCGCUGUUUUAGCGGGUGAAACCAUUUUCGUGGUUGUUCUCACAGUGUUGGUCUUCACUCUACAACACACUACCAAAGAGCGUUCGCUAAGCGUUGGAAUCAUCUGUUGCGUUUUCAAUGUGAUGAUGUAUGCUUCUCCAUUAUCUGUCAUGGUAUGUUUUGAGGAUUAA